UGGAUGAGCAACAACAUACACGGCGGACUUGCGGAAGGAACAAUGCGCGAGGAGGUGCAACAAUAUCAUAAUAAGUGGGAAAGUCAUCAGGACAUUGAUAUGUCGAACGACUCGACGGUGUGGUGUAGUAUGAAGAAACACGUCUUUAUCUAUACCGACGCGGGGAAACCGGUGUUUUCACGGUACGGCGAUGAAAUCAAAUUGGCGCCAUUUAUGGGGACCCUCACUGCACUGUCUUCUGUUGUUGCGGAUGUGCAAGAUGUGACGGAUGAAGUGUGUUGCGAUGAUGGACUUGUUAUAGUAUUUCAUUCUGUUGGACCGAUUGAAAUAGUCUUUGUGGGGAGGACGGGGGAGACUUCAUCGAACUUAAAAUACCAGGCCGAAAUGGUAGGAAGGAAGAUCUGUUCGAUUGUCCCAUACACAACAAUACUCUCCCUCUUUCAAAAGAAGACUAGCUAUGACUUUAGAAGACUUUUAUUGAGCGAAUAUGACCAAUUGAAGUUCUUCAUUCACUCGUUGAAUGAGUCUUCUGCGGUUCUGUAUGACUCGGUGAGGAUCAUGCCAUGUGCGAAUCGAGAAGAAAUUGCGACUAAAAUCCAAGGACAUGUUAUGCAGUACAACGAGAAGCUGAAGAAAAUCUCCGACUCAAUUGUCUUUGUCGCAUUGUUUCACAAAUUUGAGAUACUCACAGUGUUCCAUAGAGUCGGGUGUGUACUCUCACCAAAGGAUAUGCACGUGUUAAUGUCAUUUGUACUGGGAUUGCCAUCGACAACAGAUAAAUGGGUGCCUAUUGGCUUAUUUGACUUCAAUAAAUCGGGCCAACUGUUUGCGUUUUGCCACUUUCUAAACGUCGACUUGGCACUCGUCAUCUUAACGACGAAAAAUGAAGCGAUAGAAAUUGUCAGGGAGACGUCGAAUGAGAUAUCAGAGAGUUUGAAAAGUACGCCAUUCAUCAAACAACUUAUUUUCAACGACUCGAUUGAUUUGCAGUUUGAGGUGGACACGAUGAGUUACUUGCACUUUCUAUACAUCCAAUUUGAACGACCAUAUUCACAACUUUUUGAGCCGGAGUUCCAAGACGUCUACAAGAGUGAUCGGAAACAGAUCAAACGGAUUCACAAGAUCUUUUUAUUGAUUUUUGAACAAAUGAAUAAUCAAGACUUGAAAGAGUAUUUCAGUAAAGGAGGAGUCGACUGCAUCUAUGCGGUGAGGAAACGAAGUUAUUUCUUUGUCGGGACGUUCAAUUUAAUGCUCCAACGCGACGACGUUAUGGAGCAUGCUAUGGGGAUCAUCAAGCAGAUCAAAGAAAAGAAUGAUGUGUUGUUCCAUAAGUCUCUGUUUUAA